CAGUCAGCUGAUGCUAAUGCUUUAGCACCCCGGGUUAGGAAGCGUUAAGAGAUCCGACGGUCAGACAGGAUGCCGUUCUCCGAGCUUUAUUUCAACGUCGAUAACGGGUACCUUGAGGGGCUGGUGAGAGGAUUUAAAGCGGGGAUACUGUCUCAGGCUGAUUAUUUAAACCUGGUGCAAUGUGAGACCCUCGAAGACCUGAAGCUACACCUGCAGAGCACAGACUAUGGCAGCUUCUUGGCUAACGAGGCAUCGCCUCUCACCGUGUCCGUCAUUGACGACAAGCUGAAGGAGAAGAUGGUUGUGGAGUUCCGUCACAUGAGGAACCAGUCAUAUGAGCCACUGGCUAGCUUCAUGGAUUUCAUCACGUACAGCUAUAUGAUUGAUAACGUCAUCCUGCUCAUUACGGGAACCCUUCACCAACGCGCCAUCUCUGAGCUGGUACCAAAAUGCCACCCGCUGGGCAGCUUUGAGCAAAUGGAGGCGGUCAACAUCGCUCAGACUCCAGCCGAGCUGUACAACGCCAUUCUGGUGGACACACCGCUAGCUGCAUUUUUCCAGGACUGUAUAUCUGAGCAGGACUUGGACGAAAUGAACAUCGAAAUAAUUCGCAACACACUCUACAAGGCUUACCUAGAAGCCUUCUAUAAGUUCUGUUCCAACCUGGGAGGAACCACAGCCGAUACCAUGUGUCCCAUAUUGGAGUUUGAGGCUGACAGGAGAGCCUUCAUCAUCACCAUCAACUCGUUCGGCACAGAGCUGUCUAAGGAGGACCGUGCUAAGCUCUUCCCCCACUGUGGGAAGCUUUACCCAGAAGGCCUUGCUCAGUUGGCCCGGGCUGACGACUACGAGCAGGUCAAGGCCGUGGCGGACUACUAUCCCGAGUACAAGUUACUUUUUGAAGGCGCUGGCAGCAACCCAGGCGACAAAACGCUGGAGGAUCGCUUCUUUGAACAUGAGGUGAAACUGAACAAACUGGCGUUCCUCAACCAGUUCCACUUCAGCGUUUUCUAUGCCUACGUCAAGCUGAAGGAGCAGGAGUGCAGGAACAUCGUCUGGAUCGCCGAGUGCAUUGCCCAGCGGCACCGUGCCAAGAUCGACAACUACAUUCCUAUCUUCUAAGAUCCCUCAAAUACCCCCCCCCCCCUGUCAUUCAGUCCUUUGGCUCCUGUCUGUCCACUCCCACCUUUGGUGUUCAAUGAACGACCACGUUCGAAUACAACGGUAAAUAUUCAUUACUUAUUGAUUGGCAUUACACUCGCUUGCAAUCAAUGUGUUCUAUGUUAUUUAUAAGCCUGUAAUUGAAACAUUAUUCAGUACUGUACAUGUAAAUCAGAAAGCAGGGGUGUCCAAAGUGUGGCCCAGGGGCCAUUUAAGGCUCACAGAUGGGUUUUUUUCUUCCCUAAAUUAUAAUUUAACCAGAAAAAAAAACAUGAAAAGCAAAAUUGGGAAUAUUUUGACUUUACAACAUAUAUAAUGGUAACUAAAUAAAGAAAAAAUCAUAUUUUUAUGAGAGUAAUGUCAAUAUUAAGAAAGGUAAUGUUAUUUUUUAAUGUUUUUUUUUUUUAGUAUUUAGUAGUAUUUAGUAGUAAAUUUUGUUUGUAAAAGUCACAAAAUUGUAAUUUGGCGGAAAUUAGGUCGUGGAUUAAGUUACGUUAUGAAAUUAAAGUCAUAAUUAUGAGAAAUAAACUUUAAAUUAGAAGGCUGAAAUAGCAGAAAUGAAAAAAAAACAGCUGUGAUUUUGAGAAUAAAGUCAAAAUAUAUAAUAUUUAUAUGAAGAAAAAUGUUUUAGUAGCAUAUAUUUGAAAUAUUAAAGAAAAAUAGGUUAUUUUGUUAAAAAUAAUUUUUUUUAUUGUAAUUUUUUUGGGGGGGGAACUUAGGUUGUGGAUUAAGUUAUGUUAUGAGAUUAUUAAGUCAUAAUUACGAGAAGAAAACUUUAAAUUAGAAGGCUGAAAUAGGAGAAAUGAAAAAAAAACAGCUGUGAUUUUGAGAAAAAAAUGAAAAUAUGUAAUAUUUAUAUGAAGAAAAAUGUUUUAGUAUAUUUAGCAUAUAUUUGAAAUAUUAAAGAAAAAUAGGUUAUUUUGUUAAAAAUCUUUUUUUUUAUUGUAAUUUUUUUUUUGAAAACUUAAGUUGGGGAAAGUUGGAAUUUGGAAAUUAGAUCCAAACAUUAUGAAAACAGUCAGAAUAUUACUUGGAGGAAAUUUAUCAAAAUUAUCAAAGACAAUUAAAAUAUUUGGAAAAUGUAAAAAAAACGGGGAAGAAAGAUCAAUGUUGAUAUUAAUAAUAGGCGUUUUCCCACCUGUAUCACAAUAAGUUUGGACACCCUUGCAAUAAAGGCUGAACAAGUACACACCAAAAAAUAAUAUCAUAUAUUUUUUUCAUAUUUCAGUGAUCUUUUCCUUUGCAGUGAAUGCCCUUCAAAGCCAAUCAAAAAUUGGCAAACUGGAUAUGCUUGUGUAUUGUGAUAAAUUAUUACAUCAAAUAUUAAUCGGUACCCUCUGCAAACUGGAGUGUUGUUCCAUAAUUCCAUGCAGGCGCUGCCGUUCUGCGUCAUUCCUUGUUGUAUUUAUAUGUUUGAAUUCUAGAGUGACGCAUGUUGUGUGUCGAUGUCAAAAAGAUGAUAUUUAAAAAUGAGAUUAUUAAAAUUAACGACGCUUCCAUUCACGCUGUACAUAUUGCUUUUUCUUGAUGUUUCACGUCUUUCCUGUCAAAUGUGUUGUGAAUGUGACAUAAAUAAAUAAGAUCAAGUCAACAAUUGGGCUGUUGC